UAACUUAACUUUCAAAUUUGCUAAGCUGCCUAAUUUUCAUUGGUGGUUGCAUACAAAUAAACUACCCACAAUUCUUUGAUAAAAACUUUUAAUUAAAUAACACCGCUAGCAAGUUAUAUACCAUAUAGUAUAAGCUGCAAAUUCUCAUCUUCACCAUGUCUCAAACAUCACAACCAUCUCAAAUAACCGAUCCCUACAAACACCUUCAUCUUGUUCAAAACCCAAACAACACAAUCACACGUUUAAACCAACUUCCACAAACCUCACCUUCAUCCGACCCAACACUUCCAAUCUCAGUUCUCACAAAAGACAUAACAAUAAACCAAACAAACAAAACAUGGGUUCGAUUAUUCCUACCAAACAAACCAAUUCCAACAAAUCAUCAAAAACUACCUCUAAUUAUUUUCUUUCAUGGAAGUGGGUUUAUACUAGCAAGUGCUGGUUCAACUAUGUUUCAUGAUUUUUGUGUGAAAAUGGUUGAUGAUCUUGGUGUUUUUGUUGUCUCUGUUGAGUAUCGUCUUGCACCUGAGCAUCGAUUGCCGGCGGCGUUUGAUGAUGCUAUGGAAGCACUGUUUUGGAUAAGAAAUGUUGAUGAUGAUUGGGUGACACGUUAUGUUGAUUAUUCUAAAUGUUAUAUCAUGGGGAAUAGUGCUGGUGCUACCAUAGCCUACAACGCAGGUCUAAGGGCAGUAGAAGUUGUGAAGGAUCUUGAGCCACUAAAGAUCCAAGGGUUAAUAUUGCGCCAACCAUUCUUUGGUGGGAAAGAGAGAACCAAAUCAGAGUUAAAGCUUGAGAAUGAUCAAGUCAUUCCAUUGUGUGUUAAUGAUUUAUUGUGGGAGUUAGCACUUCCAAUUGGUGUUGACCGUGAUCAUGAGUAUUGCAAUCUAACGGUUGGGAAUGGUCUUGAAAAGUUUGAUAAGAUAAGGACCCUUGGAUGGAAGGUGUUGAUUAGUGGGAAUGGUGGAGAUCCACUGGUGGAUCGUGAGAAAGAAUUGGCACAAUUGAUGGAGGAAGAAGGUGUUCAUGUUGUGAAGGAUUUUGAGGAUGAUGGUUCUCAUGGUGUAGAGUAUUCUGAUCCAUUGAAAGCUAAGAAAUUGAUUGAGUUAAUUACGGGUUUUAUUUCAUAAUUUGGUUGUCAAGGUAAAAUGAAUACGGUUUUAUUUUAUGUUGUGGUUAUGAUCUUUGAGGUUCAAAUCCAAUAGGUGGAAUUAACUCAUCUACAUUCUAAGAAUAAGUUUAUUAGUAUUUUAUUAUUAUGUGGGUAUAAAUUAUGUUAUUGAAAUUUCUAUGUAAUCUUGUAUUGGCUUAUACAAACAUGUUAAAAAAAUGAAACAUUUUUUUCUUCUUA